AUGAGCGCUGCGGGGAGCUAUGGAACACUGUAUAAGGCACAGCAGAGUUACGUGGGGGCUGCAGGCCGCAAAGCUCUUGUAGGCUUCGUCGCCGGGGCUCUUAGUUCUGGUGGAGUGGAGUUUAAUAUAUGGGUUUUGCGGCUGGAGGGGCUAAAAGCCUUGCAUGAGGGGAAUGCGGUUGUGUCGCAGCGGCCGCGCGACCGCCGCCGCCCCGUGGCCGCCGCGUCGCGUCCGGCGCGCGGCAGGGGCGGAGGAGGGGAGGCGCACGCGCCAGCCGCCGCCGCAGUGGGCGUCGGCGCCCGAGGAGCGCCGAGAGCCCAGCGCGUUGCCUGCCGCGCGGCGACGGGACGCCCGCGCCGCAAGUGGGACACCAGUAAUGCGCGGGCGACGUCGGGCGCCGAGAGCCCCGACGACCUGCUGGCGGGCGCUGAUGCCGCCCGGUCGUCCUCGCACGCUCAGCAGGCGGUCGAGUCAGAGAAGGAGUACAGCGGCAGUUCAAUGACCGGCGCGCGAGCCGAAGGCGGCGGCCCAGGAGGAAUCAUCCCCAGCUACCCCGGAGUCCCCUCGGUGCCUGGAGUGCCGACCAGAACAUGUAAAGAUGGCUCUGUUAAUAAAGCUUUGUAUCUUGAUUAG